AUGACUACGCCAAACCAGAGGGUAACGGCCUACCUGGUCUACCUGGUGUUUAUUGUAACGCUAGGUCCACUGCAAUUUGGUUAUCAUCUGGCAGAACUUAAUGCCCCCCAAGCAGUGAUUACAUGCAAGCAAAAAGGCAGCCAUUCCUCGGAAAUCAGCUUCCAUGGCCUCCCGAAAUGCCUUCCGAUGAACCCAUCCCAAUUUGGUCUUGUUUCCUCGAUCUACACACUAGGUGGCUUGCUGGGAGCUCUACUGGCAGGACCCGUCGCAACCAAGCAUGGGCGUCUUCUCGCCCUACGGGCGACAACUGGGUUUUUCAUCCUCGGACCUGUGGCAGAGACCUUUUCUCCCAACAUCUCACUUCUGAUCCUCGGUAGAUUCCUUUCCGGUGUCGGAUCCGGCGCUGCUAUUGUUGUGGGUCCCAUCUAUAUAUCGGAAGUCGCCCCUCCCAAUGCCCGCGGCUUUUUCGGGGCUUUCACCCAAGUCAUGACCAAUGUCGGCAUUCUCUUGACCCAGACACUUGGGUACUUCUGGAGCAAUGAGAGCCUGUGGAGAUUGAUUCUCGCUGUGGCCGGAAUGAUUGGCGCCUUGGAACUUUCGGGGCUAUUCUUGGUGCCGGAGAGUCCUCCAUGGCUCGCAGAGCAUGACAAGAUGGGUCAGGCCCAUCGGGUGUUACAGCGUAUCCGUGGUCGAGAUGUGGAUGUUGAAGCAGAGAUCGCUAACUGGAAGGUCUCGGCUGCUUCUGGCGAGGAAGAGGCGCUGCUUGCCCCAGCAGACGACAGCAGCCCCAAAAAGUCCGCAGUCACUUUUAUGCAGGUCCUCCGAGAUCCAUAUUACCGUCCGGCUCUCAUCGCCGUGGUAGGAACGAUGAUGGCUCAACAGCUCACCGGAAUGAACAGCAUCGUCAUGUACAGCGUUUCAUUGCUACAGAGCAUUCUCCCUACUACAGCCGCCCUCCUCACCGUGAUGAUAUCGGUCUUGAAUCUUGUGGUCACACUUCUGUGUUCCCCGCUCCCGGAUCGCAUCGGCCGGAAAAAAUGCCUCCUGCUGAGCGCCGGCGGUAUGGGCUGUAGCUCCAUCCUCCUUGCGAUCAGCAUCUACAUGAACGGAAAAAUUCUGACCGCCUGUGCUGCUUUGCUCUUUGUGUCCAGUUUCGCCGUCGGACUGGGCCCAGUUCCUUUCAUUCUUGCCUCGGAGCUUGUUGGACCGGAGGCCGUGGGCGCCGUGCAGAGCUGGGCCUUAGGGGCUAACUGGGCGGCGACUUUCGUGGUCGCGCAAUUCUUCCCCAUUCUCAACGACGCUCUUGGAGGACGUGGCAAGGUUUACUGGGUUUUUGCGGCUAUGGCCGGGCUUUUCGGCAUAUUCAUCUACCAAUGCGUGCCGGAAACGAAAGGUAAGGCGAAUGCCGACGAGGUUUGGGGAAGGACAAGCCGACGUCAGGACUGA